CUGUUCCAAAGACACACAUUACAAAAGUUAUCCAUCAUCCAUAUAUAACAGAUAAAGUGAUAAACCAUUUCUUCCAUUCCGUCUAAGAAUUUCAUCUCUGUCUGAGUCAUGGCUUUAGCCAUUUCAUCCACUUCAUUAUCAUCAAGUUUUCCAAACAGAGAAAUAUGUCAAAAGGUUUUACACCAAGGAACUACAACAACUUCAUGGUUAAGUAGAAGAAGGACACUUACGAUUAGAAAUGCGAAAAAAGGUGUGUCGGAUUUGUGUAUACCACUUCCUCCAGAUAGGCCUUUGUGGUUUCCAGGUAGUUCAGCUCCUGAAUGGCUUGAUGGCAGUCUUCCUGGUGAUUUUGGUUUUGACCCUCUUGGAUUAGGCUCUGAUCCAGAGUUACUAAAAUGGUUUGCGCAAGCAGAGCUAGUGCAUGGAAGAUGGGCAAUGUUAGGAGUAUCAGGAAUCCUAAUCCCCGAAAUACUCGAAGGAAUGGGCUACAUAAAAAACUACUCAUGGUACACUGCAGGUUCAGUACACUAUUUCGCAGACCCAAUAACACUCUUCAUUGUUCAACUAGCUUUAAUGGGCUGGGUUGAAGGUAGAAGAUGGGCUGAUAUCGUCAACCCGGGGAGCGUUGAUAUCGAGCCCAAGUUUCCAAAUAGGCCUAACCCGAAACCAGAUGUUGGUUAUCCCGGCGGGCUUUGGUUUGAUUUUAUGCAGUGGGGAAGAGGGUCUCCUGAGCCUGUUAUGGUUUUGAGGACUAAAGAGAUUAAGAAUGGAAGACUUGCUAUGCUUGCUUUUGUCGGGUUUUGUUUUCAAGCUGUUUAUGUUGGAGAUAGCCCUAUUCAGAAUUUGAUGGCUCAUCUUGCUGAUCCCGGUCACUGCAACAUUUUCUCGGCUUUCACUUCAAGGUAGUGCUAUGAUUUGGAGAAGCGUCAGAAUGAACCUGCACAAUGUUGUCCUAGAAAUAUUCUACUAUUAUUUACAUGUAAUGUGUUUCAUAAUCUGAGUCUUAUCAUUGACAAAAGGUUUAUAUUCUUUUAAACAAAAAUGAAAGUAGUAUUGUUUUUUGUAU